ACCUAACUCUCUCUCGGUAUCGCGAGAUUUCAUAGUCUUCCUCGCCGUGCGGACGUUAGCUCUGGAAGGUGUGCUCCAUGGCGGUGGCUGUUUCAGCGACUCUGUAUUGAACAGUAAAAGCUCCCAAAAAAUAAUCUCACAAGACCCCCCAGUGGAGAGCAGGUGCUAGAACAUAUCUCUUGUCUUGACUGUACUAUAUUUCCAAAGCCAAUGGCACAACCUUUUGGGUUCAAACCUCCUUAAGGGGGGCAGUGCACCACUCUGGAGUUCAUUUGAGCAAAGGGAGGCGAGGCUCUGAUGAUGGAGAAUGGACAGAGCAUGGCCUCAAAGCUCGGCCUGCCGCCCCUCACCCCAGAACAGCAGGAGGCGCUGCAGAAGGCAAAGAAGUAUGCCAUGGAACAAAGCAUCAAGAGCGUCCUGGUCAAGCAGACCCUCGCCCAUCAGCAGCAACAGCUCAGCAGCCUUCAGCUCCCUAAUUCCCUUCAGAUGGCCUCAUUAUCGAUGGGUUUUGGAGAUCCCCUCUCACCACUACAGUCUGUUGCAGCUCAGAGGCAGCGGGCACUAGCUAUAAUGUGCCGUGCUUAUGUUGGGUCCAUCUACUACGAGCUAGGAGAAGACACCAUCAGACAGGCCUUUGCUCCUUUCGGUCCCAUUAAGAGCAUUGACAUGUCCUGGGACUCUGUUACAUUAAAACACAAGGGCUUUGCAUUUGUAGAAUAUGAAGUACCAGAAGCAGCACAGCUCGCUUUAGAACAGAUGAACUCCGUUAUGUUGGGCGGUAGAAACAUUAAAGUGGGACGACCAAGCAACAUUGGUCAGGCUCAACCCAUCAUAGACCAGCUAGCUGAAGAAGCACGCGCCUUCAACCGAAUUUAUGUGGCAUCUGUGCAUCCUGACUUGUCAGACGAAGACAUCAAGAGUGUGUUCGAGGCCUUUGGAAGAAUCAAGUCAUGCACCCUGGCGAGGGACCCCACGACGGGCAAACACAAAGGCUAUGGCUUCAUAGAAUAUGAUAAGGCCCAGUCUUCGCUGGAUGCAGUGUCCUCCAUGAACCUGUUCGACUUAGGCGGCCAGUACCUGCGAGUGGGCAAAGCAGUCACACCACCCAUGCCCCUUCUGACACCAACGACGCCAGGCGGUCUUCCUCCCGCUGCUGCCGUAGCGGCUGCGGCCGCCACCGCCAAAAUCACAGCACAGAUGGCAUGGAAUCUGUCCCAGCCGGAGAAUCGGACAGAAGACUUCUUCAACUGUCUGGUAAAUCCUUCAGGAAAUUCUGUUCAAAGCACGCUGGUGCCUUUUUGUUUUGUGUAGAAUAUAAGUGUGGCGAGAGUCUUGUCUUCAGGACUUCCCAGUUACACUGAUGCUUAUUUCUUUAUAGUGUGCCAGGUUGAGAAUAUUUACUAGUCCGGCCCAUAAACUUAAAAACUGAGCAGCUUUAGUUGCAGGUGACUUUUAAGUAGCACCUCUGCCAAA